CUAAAUGGAUACACAUACUUUGUUUGACAAAGGCCAGACAGAUAUAAGCGCAUCAAUUUGUUUCAUGCAGUCUGCUUAAAGAAGUUAACAAAGCAGUAGCAACUUUGAAAAUGGCACAAGCAAAAUUGAACAACAUUUCUUCAUUUAUUAGUUUUACGGUUUUGGUCGUGUUCGGUGUCAUACAGCUCAGCGACGCCCAGUACAUUACGCUCGGAUUAUGUCCACGGAUUGGGGGCAUGCGAGACUUCAAUAUCUCACGGUAUGAAGGGCUAUGGUACGAAGUGGAAAAAUAUUGGUUUGCAGUCGAAGCCACGGCGUCUUGUACCAACGUGCGUUAUGUGGCCAAUCCAGAUGGAACGUUUGGAGUGGAAAUUAACAUGCUGGAAGAAAUAACCAGGACAAAAAUGUCCAUGCCUGGAGUCACCUGGUACCGGAGUAGAGACGGAAGUGCAGAUUUCAUGCUGGAUUUAUUAGUUACACAAAGUCCAAUUCCAUUUCAUUUUAAAUAUCCAUAUCUGGUGUUGGACACGGACUAUGAUAAUUACACUAUAAAAUAUUUAUGCAAGCAAUUGGGACCUUUCAGCGCUCAAACAAUGUGGGUCUUAUCCCGAGAAAAGUCACUUUCUCCAGAAUCCAGGGAACACAUUUACAACUUUUUACGCCGAGUUGGCAUCAAUGUCCAGAAAUUAAGAAGGUCGAAUACAAGUACGUGUGGUGAUAUCGGGAAAUGAUCACCAUUAGUUUUAAGAGGUUAAUUAACAAGUAUUAAAAUUUUGGCGACAUAUUUCUUUAGCACACUUUCCUACGUUUAUGUUCAUAGUUCUUACUAGAUGAAUUUGGAAAUCAUCAUAAUUUUAUCACGAUUGAAGAUCAGUAAUACAUACACAAUUAUUAGGUUAUUUGUGUUGCUUCUUCCAAUUUUAUAUGGGGUUUUAGAACAUGGUCAGCCUUUUAAUUUACUGAUAAUUCACUAUUACAUGAUAGAAUUUAAUAUUCAGUCAGGUUAGACUUAAAUCGUGGUAAGUGUAAAUAUUCAAUAGAUUACAUUGUCCUAAAACUAAAGUUCCUAAGCUUUAUAUUUUGUUACUUACCUAAAGUACUCUGUAAACUAUUCUACUAACGUAUCGUAUGUACAUGCAUAACCAAUUUAAACAGUGUAUCAAUUGGAUCACAAUAGAAGAAAACAAACCACUAAAUAAAUUGGAGUUUCAUGCCACAAACUACGAAUUGAAAAUGACACAAGGCUGAACAUGGUGUUGCGAGACCAUAAGUUUAUAAAAAUCGUCAGUUUAGCAAUUGAAGAAACCGUUUGUUGGGAAUCUUUACUCGGUAAUCAAUUUGAAACACGCAAGUUUUCAAAAGUAUAUUUUCAUUGAAGAAGAAAAAUGCAUGUAGCAAAUAGUAAAUACCAUUCACGCAUACCAGUCAACACCGCACAAUUACUCGAUUUGGUUGUGGUUUUAUACAAAUAAUUUUUAUCAAGAAGCAGAAUUUGUGAAUGUAUACAUAUGUAUGUACGUAGAUAUGGUCAUGAAGUUUACAGUGUACACAGCGCUGGCUGGAAUAAAUAAAAACGUCACCAAAAAUGUU